UUUCAUCAUUCAAAUUAAUACUAAUCCACAAGCAUCCUAUAGCAAAACUAAUUAUUUUUGUCAAAUGGCUUCUAAGAUUAUUAGUGUGGCAUUUUUUCUAUAUCUCAAUUUUUUCUUCAUCACUAUGGUGAACUCCAACUAUGUUAUCCCUGAAAUCCCAGUCCCAAUCCCAAACCCAAUAGUUGACCCUUAUCCAAAGGCUACAUGUCCUAUAAAUGCACUUAAAUUAGGUGUGUGUGCAAAUGUGUUGAACUUGGUAAAGGCUAAAGUGGGGUCUCCACCAACACUCCCUUGUUGCUCCCUAAUUAAAGGUCUUGCUAAUCUUGAAGUUGCUGCUUGCCUUUGCACUGCCCUUAAAGCUAAUGUCCUUGGUCUUCACCUUGAUGUUCCUAUUGCUUUGAGUGUCAUUCUCAACAAUUGUGGAUUGAACAACUCUGGUUUUCAGUGCCCUUAGAAUGUUAAUUAUUCAUUGGCCCCAUAUAUUUACAAUUUCAUGUGUUUCUUUGUCAUAUUUGUGUACUUUGUGUGUGUGUUUUUGUUGUUGCAAUAUUCUUGACUUCUUACUCCUUCAUUAUUAUUUUUUUUUCUAUUAUAUGGAAGACUAUAAAUCUUCUCCACCUGUUUUAUCUAUUGUAUUAAAAGUUUAGAACAAAUAAAACUUUGUGGUCAAUAGAUUUCUCAA